AUGGCGCCCGCGCAGCGCCCGCUGCUGCCUGUGCUACUGCUGCUGCUCCUGCCGCCGCCACCGCCGCCGCCGCCCUUAGCGCUCGCUGAGGACGCCUCCCGAGCCAACUCGGACCGCUACGCCGUCUACUGGAACCGCAGCAACCCCAGCAAAUGCCAAACACACGAGGAGCCACAAACGAACCCGGGAGAACCAGGACAGAAGGAGGUCGUUGGGGCAGCCCUCUGCCCUACCUGCCACAGGUUCCACGCGGGCGCGGCGGACGACCGCGGGGGCUACACUGUGGAGGUGAGCAUCAACGACUACUUGGACAUCUACUGCCCGCACUAUGGGGCGCCGCUGCCACCGGCCGAGCGCAUGGAACACUACGUGCUGUACAUGGUCAACGGAGAGGGCCACGCCUCCUGCGACCACCGGCAGCGCGGCUUCAAGCGCUGGGAGUGCAACCGGCCGGCGGCGCCCGGGGGCCCGCUCAAGUUCUCCGAGAAGUUCCAGCUCUUCACGCCCUUCUCGCUGGGCUUCGAGUUCCGCCCGGGCCACGAGUAUUACUACAUCUCUGCCACACCACCCAAUGCUGUUGACCGGCCCUGCCUGAGGCUGAAGGUUUAUGUGCGGCCAACUAACGAGACCCUGUAUGAGGCCCCUGAGCCCAUCUUCACCAGCAAUAAUUCAUGCAGUAGCCUGGGCAGCUGCCAGAUCUUCCUCAGCACUGUCCCGGUACUCUGGACCCUGUUGGGCUCCUAGUCCCGGCCAACAAGUUUCUGGCCCCACCUGGACGACCAAAUCCAAGACCAAAUAGACACGCCUGGCUCCCACGACUGGUGCUGCCCCCCACUACAGGGGCCUGUCUACCUGCUCCAGAACCAGCCCCAAGGAUGGGGCAGCCAACAGCCCCUCAUGCCCAAGGGGCAGGGUGUCAGCACAGCCCCUGGCCAGACUAUCUCAUCAGGGGCACUGGAGAACCUGAGAAACUAUCAGUGAUAUUGUUUUUUUGUUUAUUUUUCAUGGUUGGAUCAGAAAAGCUUGAGUUUUUAAUUUAAUUUAUUCCUUGCUGUCUCCAGUGACUUUGGGAAGGAAACAAUGUAUGGGGGGGGGGUCCUUGGCCCUUGAGGGAUGGGGAAGGAGAACCCCUAGUCUGGUUGCUCCAUUUGUUGGGUCAUGGCUAAAGGCCACUGCAGACCCCCAGGUGCCCCAAGACAGGCCAGUAUGAGGCAGAAAGGGCAAGGUGAGACCCCCCCAAUUCUGGCCCAGGAAUCUGAGCCCACCUCAGACUUCUGUUUCCCCAGCCCCAACCUCCUCAUGCCUUGUGAUUGUCUCCCUGCGGGGAAACCCAUGCUGUUUCAUCAGAGGCCACUGUGGAGUCCCAGCCCACUCAAUCAUAGUUCCCCACCUUAUUCCACAGCCUCUCACGAUCGCCUCUGUGCCCAAGAAGAUGUUUCUUUUCUGUAAAUAGAGCCAGGAAGUAUAUACUGUGGUUUACUGUAUUCCUGAGGACGAACUGGACAGUUUUUUAUGUUUUUUUCUCACACCUUCAUGGGGGUCUUUUAUUUUGGUGGGAGGGUGGGGUGGACUUUUUAGAGUAGAAGCCGCACUUUGCAAUAAGCUUGUUUGUCUGUCAGAGCCCCCUUCCUCUACUCUAUGACUAAUAAUGUUUAUAAGAAAAGAAAACAGGACACAACAAAAUGGGGGGAUGGGCCUGCCACCAAAAAAAGAAAACCCCUCCCAAAGACACUUGAAUGAAGCAAGCAGCGCAUUUAUACAGAUUUCAUAUUUCUACCAGCCUUUCCUGAUCUGUGUUUUAUAUAUAUUAUAUAUAAAUAUAUAUGGUUCACAGCUGCUGGGAGACCACCAGGCGUGCCAGCUUGGGGGCAUUUUGUAGGGGUUGGCAUGGGUGGGUGGUGGUGUUGCCACGCCUGGAGCUGGCAAUAGGGCCUCCCCCAUCCCUUCACAAUCAACUUUGGAUUCUGUAUUUUUUAAUAAUAA